UGUGCGUGUGUAUGUGUGUUGACGCCGUUGCGUGAAACCGUCGACGCUUGCCGAUUGGCCGGGCCGGUCUCGACCAAUCCGGACGCGACUCUCAUUAACACUCGGACCGGGGCGUCGGUGUUGUCACAUCGCCGCCGCCGCCACACAGUCAGUCGGCACCGAGCGCGCUAACCGUUGUCGUCGUCGUCGUCGUCGUUGUUGUCGUUGUGGUCGUAGUAGUAGUGUGGCGAGUCGUCUCUACACGGCCCCCCCGUGUUUGCACAUUAUACGCGCGCACACACCACCGUCAUAUUUUUUAACGUUAAUACAUGAACACAUAAAAUAUUUUAUAAUCGUCGUCGCGUCUAAUAUUAUAAUAUUAAAAAAAAAUUUUUCACGUUCGAAAAUAUUCGUCGUGACCGCGUGCGCACAACAGCAGUCGACCGUCUCGCGUGUGAUACUCGAUAUAAUAAUAAUAUCUGUCUUAAAUAACACCGCGAGGAAAGAAUAUAAGUUUCGUUUCGUAUUGGAUUUUUUUUUCACUUUCCGUACUCCGUCAAUCACUCGCGGUAAACAUUUGUGAAUGCUCGUGCAGGAGUCUGGUCCACCGUAGUGGCUGGGUCAAACGGUAACGGCGUGGACGGCGUGGCUGUUAUGCGGUUCGAGCAAGCGGACCUCAGGUGCCGGUCACCCCGUGGGGCACCGGACACCCCGCAAACCGCUGCCGCUAUGACCGGCGGCCAACGUUCACCAGACACAUCGUUCACGGCGGCCCGUGCGUCGUCCACCGACUUUUCCGUCAGCUCGCUGCUGACGAACAACAACAACAGCAGCAGCGGCGGUGCGCCGCCGUCCACAGUCCAGCAGCAAGCCGGUGGCCAGCAACAGCAGUAUCCGCCGCCACCUCCACCGCCACCCGGUCUGUCGGCCGCGGCGGCCGCAGCGUAUGCCAUGGGUGCCUGUUAUCCGGGCACCAUGAUACCCAUGCCGAAGAUGCACCAUGGCCCGCAUCACCCGGGCGCCGGUAGCUAUCCGGCCGAAGAAAUGCUCGCGUUGGCCGCGGCCGUCGCGCACGGCGUACACCAUCCACACCCGGCGGCCGCGCUACCCCGGUCUGUGGUCAGGCCCGAGGACGACGGAGUGGUCGACGAUCCCAAGGUCACGCUGGAGGGCAAGGAUCUGUGGGAAAAGUUUCACAAGCUCGGCACCGAAAUGGUCAUCACCAAGUCUGGCAGGCGGAUGUUCCCCGCUUACAAAGUCCGAGUAAUGGGGCUUGACAAAAAGGCCAAAUACAUACUGCUAAUGGACAUCGUGGCCGCCGAUGACUGUCGCUAUAAGUUCCACAACAGGUACAAAAACCGAUGGAUGGUGGCCGGAAAAGCUGAUCCGGAAAUGCCCAAGCGAAUGUACAUACAUCCCGAUUCCCCGUCUACUGGCGAACAGUGGAUGCAAAAAGUCGUGUCGUUUCACAAGCUAAAACUCACCAACAAUAUAUCUGACAAACACGGAUUUGGUUUAAAUCAGUUUUCGCUACAGACCAUAAACAGACCUAUCAACCGUUUCCACAGAUUUCCAGAGACCAUAUUGAACUCGAUGCACAAAUACCAGCCCCGUUUCCAUCUAGUCAGAGCCAACGACAUCAUCAAGUUGCCCUACUCAACUUUCCGUACGUACGUGUUCAAGGAAACCGAGUUCAUCGCCGUUACGGCAUAUCAAAACGAAAAGAUAACUCAGUUAAAAAUCGACAACAAUCCGUUCGCCAAAGGGUUCCGAGACACCGGUGCCGGUAAACGAGAAAAAAAAUGUGUACAACGUAAUGGUGUUUUCAGGCAAGCAAUGUUAACGGCGCAACGACACGGCAGCCAAACGGUCCAAAGCCAGGACGAAAAGCCCUCAGGUUCAGAUCACGAGGACGACAAACCACUGGACGUGGUCGGUGGAGGAGACCCUGACUCCCCGAUUUCUGCCCACCACCACCACCAUCACCACCAACCUCACCAACCCGGUUCGUGGUUCUCGGGAUUGGCUGAUGGUAGUUUGCUCCUGGAGGAUGCCAUGAGGAGGCGCCUGGCCGGUCACCCGGCACUUCACCACGCAGCUUUCCUGCAACACCAUCACCACCAACAAGCUCACCAGCAGGAAAUUGACAGCGAACAAGAAAGCAGUUGUUCUGAAUCAGGCCGAGACAGAAUGAACUCGCCGUCCGACAAAGAGUCAGCUGGUCCUUCUGGACCAGGACACAGCCCUAGCGACUACCCGUCACCGAACGUGUCUUUCGGACCACCGAUCCCACCGUCGCCGCACCUAUUGCCGUACCUGUAUCCCGGCAUGUACCCCGGUGGCCCUGGCCUGGGCGGUCCGCUUUGCCCGUCCGCGCUCAGCCCCACCACCAACCUGCUGUUCAAUGCUCAGCUUGCGCUGGCCGCUCACCACCCGGGCUCGCUGUUCACUCAGGCUUACCUACAGGGCGCCGCGGCCGGCGGUGGCGGCGGCGGCGGCCACCCCUUCAAGAUGACCACCAGUGGACUGGCCGCGGCCGCUGGCCUGGGCCGGUUUCACCCGUACCACCUUGGCCUUCACCAUCCGCUCCACCCGUCGUCCGUCGGCUCGGCCUUCGAAACGGUGACGCCGGGCCGGUGCUCGUCGGCAGGCAGUACGCCGCCGCCCGCGCCUCUCGACCUGCAGUCGCCAACCAACGGCGGCGGUCGGCAAACGUCUCCUCCGCAGCCGCCGCUGCCACCACCACCACCACAUUCGUCGCAGCCACAGCCGUCGCCGAUAUCGGCACAGCUACAACCGCCGCCGCGACAGUCGUCCGUGUCACCGUCGCAACGGCCACACCAACAUCACCAACACCACCAUCACCGGACGGCCGCCAAUCAGCCGUCGCCGACCAGUAGCGAGCUGAAGUCCAUCGAGAAAAUGGUCAACGGACUGGACUCUGCGUCAGCAGCUGCGUCGGCCGCCGACGAACAGCAAGCAGUGGCGAUAGUCAAGUAAACCACGCAUAACCCUUCCCGCCUGCCCACCCACCCACCCACC